AUGGAACGCUCCGUCUACCGGAGCGGGCCUUGCGGUGGCACGGGUACCAGAACGACAGGGAGGCCACGGUGCGAUAGCGCGCUGGCUGGAGGUACUUGCGUCGUGGGAGAGGAAAACAGCCGCGGGCAGGUACUUUGCAGAGGGCCGUGGAGUUGUCCAGCUCGCUGUGUAUCUCCAAACGGGCCUGGCAACAAAACACCACCAACGCCCGCAGCGUCAACACCGCGGCGGCAACAUCAGCAACACGACGACGACACGACGCGACCCAUAGCCGCAGCCGCACUCGCACCGCAUCUCGCGAUCGCCAUGCCCCAACACCAUCGACAUCGCCAACCAUCUCAUCCCGGCAGUGGCCGGCCUUUGUAUGGCCCGUCGUGCCAGGGCAUGGCAACUUCGGUGAAAGUCGUGGCUCUGGAUCUCUCCCUCGCCCUGGCUCUGCCAACCCGUGCAGUCUGA